AUGACUAGUGACUCCAAAGAAUUCUACCCUGGUUAUUUGGAACUUGUGCGUUACUUAAAUGAGAAUGAAACAUAUUCCUAUUCUGAAUUUCUUGAUACUAUCCUCACAUCAGUACGUUCUUCAGACGAAUGGUUUGCUCUUGACAACACCUGGACCCGUAGAUUUUUGUUCAAAGCAAAAGAGCUAAAACCAACCAAUUUUACAACUUUGGAAAGUAUAAGUAUGAGUAUACGCUUAUUUCCAUCAAAAGUAAAAAGAUUCAACCCAAGAAAAGAAUCGCAAAUAGUGGUGGCUGGAAUGAAAGCUAAUGCUCCUAGUCUGAAUGAAAACAGAUAG